AUGUCGUUUGCAUCCUUUGUUUACUUAGGGCAUUGCAAGGUAAUGCUGUCUGUUGUGCGCGAAUACCUGGAGCAGUGCUCUCAGCGUCGCGUGGAACCGUACUAUGCCUUUAUUGAGCAUGCGGGAAAUAGUGAAAUUGUUGCUGAUAUCGACUUUGCCCCAGUUAUGGCCAUUCGUCUCCUUGCUGUAACGUUGUUGCGCAGCCGCCCCCGGAAAGGGGGAUUGCGGCUUCACGCGUUGGUGUUGCGAUACGGUGUAAAUAAGGGAGAACACCAUCCACCUCAGCAGUCAAAAAGGCUGCUGCCGUACGAGACACUUGCCGCCCGGCGGCGUACUGAGGACGAUAUAAUGUCUCCGGUAAAUCGUCAUCUGCUGCGGGGUCUGUUAGAUGGUGUACGCAUGGCCUGUAUUGCUGCAAUUCGGCACCUUACGCGUCUUGAGUUGUGCGGUCUACCGCUCAGUGGCGGCAGUGCGAUUGUGGAAGUGACGAGCCGAUUAUUCGAUCUUCUUCCUCAUUGCUGCUCUCUCCGCGUCCUUAAGCUAAGUCAUUCCACCUUAACGGACAGACUUUUUCUUCAGUUGACAACUGCGGCGAUGGCUUCCGCGUUUCCCGCCUUGAAGGAGGCAUAUUUUUCCGAAUGUGGUCUUACAGAUGAAAGUGCGCGCGGUUUGCACUCGCUGAUAACCCUGAAUCGCAGUAGGGAGCAGCAAGCAAUGUGGUUAUCUUCAUUUCGCAACGGUAAUAGUGGCUCCCGCACUGUAAACGCUCCUGUUCCGAGGGCUCUUGAGGCGCUUGACCUGUCAGGUAAUCGUUUGGGGGACCCAACCUUGAAGCGACUUGCCAUCGCCAUAACACAUGAUAUUUCACUACGUGUGGUUGAUAUGAGCCGGAAUGCUGUAACAACGGCGGGGUUAGUGGAGUUCCUGCAACAGGGGACUCUUGGGGGAAGUGGUAUCGAGUCGUUGGAUCUUUCCAAGAAUCUAAUAACGUCCAAUACCUCUUAUGGAGCUGAGGAAGGCUUCGCUUGCCUUUGCAGCUGUCCAGAGCAGCUGCUUCUCACACGUAUAACUGGCAUUCGGCAGUGUAGAACUGGUAGUCCUGCUUCCCACGGUGGUACGCGUCUCGUUCCUAAAGGGCCACCUUCGCCGGCGUUUGAUCGACCCACCAUUUCUACUUCACCAAUACCGAAAUCGCAAGCAUCGUCCCGAGGCCAGAGUUUGUCGGCUGGUACGGUGGUGACGGGAGCAGAGCAGAUAGCUGCAGCGGCUCCCCUGUCGAGAACUACAAGACAAAUGUCAAUAAGUUCCGCUGUAGUAAUUGAGGGAAGCGCCCCUGAAACGGGGCGCAGCUCCCUUUCUUCUAUACUGCCGGACAAGGAGCGAUCUCUUGCGGUGCACAAUGUCUACACGCGUAGUUCAACCGCUCAUGUUUCAGCAGCGAUGUCAACGAAACCCAGCAGUUGCAAGCGUUGUCCCGGCGGCACACCGUCCACCGUCCAUCCCCCAGCAAGCGAGAAAACGCAAAAUCAAGUGAUACCUGAUUUGAUUCCACAGGGCCCAGCUCCUCGUUUUCAACCCCUGUUAUUUUCGUCCCCAGGUGGCCAAGAGCAGCAGUGGUACGGGGUGCCUUUGUACAUUACACUCCCGUUUAACCCAUUAGGUGGCCUUCAGACAGCCCCGCUAGCGCCUGUGAAACAUGAUGUUGCGGUUGGCACGGCGUCGCUGCAAUCGUCGCCUCAGCGUGACGACGCCGAUGAACUCGAGUCGGGACCGCAUACGAGUAAUGGGGGCAGUGAGAGUGGCGUCGGGGAUGUCUUUGAGGAAAAGAUGGUGGAGCCGUUAAACAGCGACAGAUGGGAAAUGGGGGAGUGGAAGGCAAAGGAACAGCGGUUCCUUGAAGCUCUUGUAGUGCGACUGGAGAAUCACGAAACUUCCACGGCAGAGUUGGUGGAACGUAACCAUCAAUUGACGCGUGAGAGCCUUAAAGGUCUUAAGGAGGAGUUGUCACAGCGCAUACGUGAGGUACUAGAGGAACAGCGAAGCGAACAAAGGCGGCUUGACAUGCGGUUGGCUGCUGAACGAGAGCUUCAAGAUCCCGAAGAAACCCUUACGAACCAGUUAGUGCAGCUAAUUCACACCGGUAUGAAAAGCAUUCACGACCAAAUGGCGAAACCGGUGGGGACAUCGGCUGCCAAAAGCGAUAUUGGGAUGGGAGCUUCCGGCAAAGCGUCAUGCCAAACUACACAGGACUAUCUACGUGAGGUAAAGGGAUUUCUUAAGGGUUUGGGUUGGUGA